AUGGCUUUGAGUCCGAAGAACGUUGGAAUUCUCGCUAUGGAGAUCUAUUUUCCCCAAACUUGUGUUCAACAGGAAGCUUUGGAGACUCAUGAUGGUGCCAGCAAAGAAAAAUACACUAUUGGGCUUGGACAAGAUUGCAUGGCAUUUUGUACAGAGGUGGAAGAUAUCAUCUCUAUGAGUUUGACUGCCGUUGCUUCCCUCCUUGAGAAAUAUGAGAUUGAUCCAAAGCAAAUUGGACGGCUGGAAGUUGGCAGUGAAACUGUGAUAGACAAAAGCAAGUCCAUUAAGACCUUCCUAAUGCAAAUUUUUGAGGAAUCUGGUAAUACUGACAUUGAAGGAGUGGAUUCAACAAAUGCAUGCUAUGGUGGGACUGCAGCUUUAUUCAAUUGUAUAAAUUGGGUGGAGAGUAGUUCAUGGGAUGGGUGUUAUGGACUUGUUGUGUGCACCGACAAUGCUGUCUAUGCAGAAGGUCCAGCCCGACCAGCUGGAGGAGCAGCUGCCAUUGCCAUGCUAGUAGGACCGGGUGCACCUAUUGCUUUUGAAAGCAAAUUUAGAGGCAGUCAUAUGUCUCAUGCCUAUGACUUCUACAAGCCCAAUGUUGCGAGUGAAUACCCUGUUGUCGAUGGAGAGCUCUCACAGACUUGCUAUCUUGGUGCACUUGAUUCUUGCUACAUACGGUUUUGUGAUAAGUUUCAAAAAUUGGAGGGCAAGCCAUUUUCUAUCUCAGAGGCUGACUAUUUUGCUUUUCAUUCUCCAUAUAACAAGCUUGUGCAGAAAAGUUUUGCUCGGUUGUACUUCAAGGACUUCUUGAGAGAUGCAAGCCUUGUUGAUGAGGCCGCAAGAGAAAAGCUAGCUCCAUUUUCAGCCCUAUCUAAGGAUGAGAGCUACCAGGGCCGGGAUCUUGAAAAGGCAACACAGCAGGUAGCAAAGCAUCUAUAUGAUGCAAAAGUGCAACCAACAACUUUGUUACCAAAACAAGUUGGCAACAUGUACACUGCAUCUCUUUAUGCGGCAUUUGCAUCCCUUCUUCACAAUAAGCAUGAUUCACUGGCAGGUAAGCGGGUACUAAUGUUUUCUUAUGGGAGUGGUCUAACUGCCACAAUGUUCUCAUUCCAACUUCAGAAUGGUCAACAUCCAUUCAGUUUGUUGAACAUUGCAAUGGUGAUGAAUGUCUCUGAGAAGUUGAAAUCAAGACUUGAGUUUCCUCCUGAAAAAUUUGUCGAAACAUUGAAGCUAAUGGAGCAUCACUAUGGUGCCAAGGACUUUGUGACGAGCAAGGACUGUAGCUUGCUGGCUUCAGGCACCUAUUAUCUUACUGAAGUUGACUCUAUGUACCGGAGAUUCUAUGCCAAGAAAUCUGGGGAUGGCGACAACACUGAUCCUAUGUCUACAUGUUAG